GUGUAUGUUUUCAUUUUAACUUAAUAUUGUUUCCUUUUGUGAAAAUAUUUGUUUACAACUUGAGAAAGUAAACUUUGGAGACUAAAUAUCUCUUUGGGAAUUAAGCUUUCAACUUAUACGCAUAAUUAUUUUUAUUUGCAAGUGUCAUUGUAAUUCUCAAAAUUUGAGUCAAUACCGCAGAUAAAAGUCCAUUUUAACAGUCAAUGACGCAGAGAAGAAUCCAUAUAAACCUGUUAUUUAAGUAACUAUUGAUCAGUGCUUCUUUAAUGUCGUUAGAACUGCUAUCAUUGGAAAAAAUAUCAAUUCACGCACAAAUUCUGGGUGAUAUUGAUUUAAAUCCGUAUGACGGUAUUCAUAUUGAUAUUGAGUUCAGGUUACAAGCGUAUUCAAUCAGGAUUUAUACGAAACAUAAUUAGUUUCUCUCCUGGAACUGAACGUAAGCAUCUAAAGCCGUUUUGUUUAAAACUAUCGUUUGACAUGUGAGUGUACUUAAUGUUUACAACUAUUCGUCGUCUUAAAGCACUUUUAAAGUACUUCCUUUACAUUGACAUAAAAUAAACAAGUAUGAAAUUACGAAUUAUAAAGUGUUAUCACUCGCUUCCUUGUGUAAACAGCAAUGUCAUUGAAAAGUCGAGUAGCUCGUGUUAGCAAUGAUUCAUAUCAGGAAAUGACACAAUAACAGCCGAAACUGUACCAAUGUCCUUUGAUUAUGGCUUCGUCGGGAGAAACAAAACAGAAUAUUAUGGCUUACCUUUAUAUUCAACUGUCUUCAAAGGUUUUGCUAGAAGUGCUUGAAAAAUACAUUGAAAAAACCAAACCUGCCAAUUAUGAAAGUGAGUGGACAAUAGAUGAGUUUUUGUUUGAAAAUAAAAGCAAAAUUCUAUCAACAUUAGUGGGAAGAAAGAAUGAAAAACGUCUUUUUCCCGGAUUUUCCGUAAGGACUGACUCGACUCAAUGGGAGCAAUAUCUGAUAAUGUUUAUUCUUCUUGAUGUUUGUGAAAAUGAAUAUAUUCCACAUGACAUCAUUGAGGCGAUCAGAGCUCUUAAAGAACUUAGACAGAGAUUCUACUAUAAACUUGAUGAGGAAAUAGACGAUGCGAAGUUUGACUCCCAGAUUGAUGAAAUGAGAAACCUUUUAAUGCAAAUCUGUGAAUCUAUUCAUAAUGAAACGAUGAAAGCACACGUCUUGGACCAACUUGACCGUUGUCGGACAAGAUCACUGAACAUUGAGGAUACAGAUUUCCUCCCUUUACUGAUUAGUAAUCAUGAGGCAGAGAAAGGGUUGCGAGAAAAAAUGGAAACGUUAACCGCAGAAAAUUACGAAAUACACGAGAAUAUAGCACGAGUAGUGAGUGUGAUGGAGCAGCACUUCUUUACAGAUAUAGAACAAGCGCAACAACAAGGAUACGAUCUGCAGGACAAGGCCUUACCACCACGGAGCGAUAAAUAUCCGUUUAGUCCACCAAAUAUCUCUUUUGAACUCAAUUUUGAACACGGUAAAUUACCUCAAAGUGUGAUAGAUGAUAUAGUGGCAAGUAUAAACCAGAUUAGUCUAACAGAAGAAAGCCCUGAUCCUCUUGUUUUUGGGAAUGCAAUCCAACAGUCGUUUGUAUCGUUUGGAGCCAUUGCAGCUAGACAGGGAUGCGUGCGUUUGCAAUUAAAGCCAAACUCGCUCAAGUGUCUUUUUGAAGCGAUUGAAGAAUGCAUUUCGGGAAAAUUAUCAGAGAAAUUGAAACCUCUUGAAGGAAUUCUCAGGCAAAAAUAUGGAAUGGAAAGUCUUACUCUCAGCUUGGUUUUGUUCAAAGACGACUACACGCGGUGCAUGAACAGACUUGUUAACCAGAUAUGCUACAGAGCCGAAAUGUUUGGUAGCACAAACGACUCCAAACAGUUGCAACCACAUGUGUCUGCAAAGUGCUCUAAGGAAAAGGGAGUUACAGUAACAGCAAUAUGCAGAAAUACGAGAGAAGCAUUUAACAUAUCCGCUGUCAUUAACAAUGGAAAGAUGCAAAAUGUUUUUAAACCGCUCGAAAAUGCGGUUCAGUCUAUUCAUGGAAAUGAAAACGUCCAAUUGACAUGUCGGGUCACAUCAUGCAAAGACUAUCCUAGAAGACCGGUCAAUGUCAGGAAGAGAAUCACUGCCAGGUUACGGACCGGUGAAUCGUCGGAGAACAUAAAACAAUUAAAGCAGAUAAUCGUUACAGCUAAAUCUGAUACCGAAAAGCCAUCGAUAACUGGGUUUGAUGUUGUAAGUGGGAACAUUGUAGCUGCUGACCUAGCAAAUAGAUGUAUAAAGUUGUUUGAUGUCGUCUCGGGUACAUUGAUUGGUGAGCCCAUCGAUACCGUUGACAAACCCUGGGAAGUGACUGCAAUAAGUGAGUCAUCCGCUGUGGUAUCUGUUCCCAACGAAGGAAAAAUAAUAAUCGUGAAAUUGAGCAGUAGCGGGUUGUCAUAUGACAGGGACCUCCUUGGCCUAAUGCAGUGUCGUGGUUUGGCGUUUCAUGACAACACACUAUACGUAUCGUUUGGAAGCCCGAACAGUAGAAUCGAACUCAUGUCUACAUACGGUCAGAUCAGAAGGACGAUAUCAAACACCCCUGCUGGUGUUUUGUUUGAUCAACCAUGGUACAUAUCUGUUGACCGGAGUGGAAGAAUAUUGGUGUCGGAAGUAAUGAAACCAAAGCUUAUCAUUAUUGAACACAACUGUAUGAGUGCGCGGGAAAUUGAUUUGCACAAAAUCAUGUCUUGCCCAAGGGCAACUUAUAUGCAAAUAAUCAAGGGAAGCAUCUAUCUUUGCGGAUAUCACCCAGACGUUCUUUGCAAAAUCGACAUAGACACGGCUGAAACGAGCAUUUUAUUAUCGUCAGAUGUUACCGAACCCGAUUGUGUCUACAUUGAUGACAAACAAAACCAGCUGUAUCUAAGCAGAUGUCAGUGCGAAUUAAUAAAUGUUUAUCAGUUGGGAAACUAGACUUAGGACGUUUGUGAUUUAUUUGAAACCCACCUGUUCCUGUUGUAUACUAAAAUGAGAUCAAGUAUAAACGUUACCUAUUCACUUUCCCCUAUUGCAUGACGUGAUAUACAUCUGGAAAUUUGGUUUAAACGCUGACUUUUAAUAAAGGGUACGCAGAUAUUUCGAACGACAACAGCGAAUGUUCGAUAAUUGCUAAACCUGAAGUACGUGUACAACAAUAGACAGGACGGACUCUAUAAAACAGAAAAUUUGUUUUGAACAGCGUCAAUAAAUGAAAUUUGUUGUUUAAUUGUGAUUUAUAAGCAUGUAUUAUGAAUAUCCACUUAUACCCCCUCGUUUACUUUCCUAAUGGACCCUAAAGGGGCCAUCCUGUUUAGAGAUGGAUUCUGAUUAUCAGCGAGCAUUGCAAGACAAGUUUGUUAAUCUCAGAAUUUUGUUACGUUUGAUUGUGUUAUUAUAAUGACGGUUGAGCAUAUAAUUGUAUCUGUCUAUAUGAUUUGUUGUGGGCUGUGGUUAUUUUACAUUACCGUCCUAAGAUAGUUCGAAAGUAUGAUUGAUGAUGAAUAAAAGUGGACGUGUUA